AUUUCGGAAAUGCAACUCUGCCCCGGCGACAUCUCGGACUGCCAUAUUUACAGCGGCUCUUUGCCAGCGACACCAUAUUCUCUGUAAUAGUGAUACCUUCAUCGCUGAUGCAUUGCUUGUAAGUUCGAGUAAGGAUUAAGCCAGUCGAGCCAAGCAGGCAUUCUGUUUUGGAAGCCGGAUGGCGGACGAUAGUUGUAUACCUGAAUGGGCAACCAAGCUGUUCAGCUUGGACUUAUCCGAUGAAGAAAAGGGGCAAACUGCGGCGAUUCUUGUGGGCAUGCCGAACGCUGCGGUUCUUUUCCUGGGCAACGCCACCAGCUCUGCCUCAGCGGUGAGGAAGCUCCUGCAGCAAGCUGGAGGUGCAGGUGGAGGUGCGGCGGCAACUGGCGCGGCGGCAGGGCCGGGCGCAGGGAGGGCGGCAGCGGGCGGCACGGACAACUCCGAAGAGUAUGCCGAACAGCUCGUCCAGCCUGCUCUGGGCUCACCUCCACAUCUUGGUGACCUGCAACGCUUCAUCUCGGAGCCGCCCGCCGCUCAGAUCCCCAUCACUGCGGAUGCGCUGGACGCGGUCAUACUGACGCCCGCCCGUCGGCUGCGCUUCGUGGCCGCCUCGGGUCAACUCGCCCGUGCCGUUGGUUACAGCAUGACGGCGCCGCUGCCCCCGGGUAGUUCGGAGGCGUGCACAGUGAUCAUGGCGCACGUGGUGGUGGUGUCGCUGCUGCUAGAGCUGGACAAGGCGCUGCCGACGGACCUCCGCAUCGGACUGGUGAUGGAGCGUGACCAGCAGGACAGCAGCUCCCUCAUGACCUUGAAGUCGCGUGGCGGCUCGUCUCUGCGGCCUGAUGGAGUCUUGCGGGGAAAGAGCGACCGACGGCUGCUGGCGAGAUGGGAGGACAAGGCAGCAAGCAUGGAACAGGCGGUCGAGGAUCUGCGCAAGACGACUGCGGCCUGGACGCCGCUGUACUACGGCGACAUUGAGUAUCUGCCGUGCUUUGCAGCUGCCGGCAGCAACCUGCAGUUCUAUGCCAUCUCGCGUGCUAGCGGUAUGGCCGCCGCACCGCGCGCCAUCGGUCCCCGGUACGAUCUGACCAACGCGGCCGACCGCGCACGAGCGGUGAUGGCCACCAUCAAGUUCUACCAGCUGCUCCGCGCGCAGCAGGCGCGCUAUCCGGCGGACGUGCUGCCCGCUGGCGCUGUGAUGCGUACACAUGGUCACGACUUCACGCGUGAGCUGCUGUUCCGCACCGACGUGCUGGCGGUGCGGAAGUGCGUGUCGCCGUGGUGCACCUUCGCUUCCUGGUGCGGCGUGGACUUCACACGGCUGCAAGAGCUAUACCGCGCCACCGCGCAGCGGCAAGGGCUGGUGCACGCCAUGAAGGGCGGCCCUAUCUUGGACGGCAGCGUGUACUCGGUCGACAUCAUUCCCGUGGGGCUACCAAGCAGCAGCGCGCUGCUGGUCACGGAGGAUGACGCGCGGCAGCUGCUGCACGGCCUGCUGCACGGCCUGGCGGCGAUCCACGAGGCAGGCUUCGUGCACCGCGACCUCCGCUGGGACAACUUCGCGUGCUCCCCUGGCUCCCCAAGCAGCCGCCGCUGGUUCCUGCUGGACCUGGAGACAUGCGCCCCCGCCGACCAGCCGCCGCCGCCAGCCUUCGAGCCGGUUGGCUGGCAGUCCGGCACCACCCUGGUUGAUGGCUGCUACACGCGCGCGUCAGACCUGUUCCAGCUCGGCCUGGCCGUGCAGCCGCACUGCGAGCAGGUCUUGGUUUCGGCGGAAGGGAGGGCAUUCCUGGAAGCCAUCCUCACUCCUCCGGCCAUGCAGGAGCGUAGUGCCGAGCAGCUGCUGGCGCACGAGUGGUUGCGAUGCGAGGGCGCCAGCAUCUGCAGGGCCGCGGGCGCGCGGCCAGGCGAGCGCUAGCUAGGUUCAACCGUGCUGUGGAGAGAGAGGGCGGAGGGGGUUACAUAGUACACCGCGGUGCAGCGCCAGCGCCAAGGGCGGUGGCAUUAUGGGGACGAAGGCGGCGGUCUGUAGGUGAAGGUACAGCUUUUGGCGUCCGUGCUGCAAGCUGCCUCGGCAUCUGUUGCUGGCGGCUGUGGACUUGCCGUAUCUUCGAGGUUGUAGAUACCAGUAUGCAUCAAGCAGUAACAAACGAAACGUUGUGGGUUUCUUUAUGGCGCGUACAGCUAGUUGUCUUGAGCCGGGAAGUCACAUUAUUAUUGACAUGAUGCCAGCGGUAGCCGCUGAAGGGACUGUUGCUUUAUCUCCAUCGGGCCCUUCAGCGGCUACCUCCACAUAACCCCUACAUAACCGAUGACGACUCGAGCUCGAGCUCGAGGCUGGUUCGUAGCUGAUGAUGGGCUCUAGCAGUAGAGGCGCUUCCAACCUCUUAUGUUCGUAGGUGCAGGAAGUGAGGUGAAACAGCAUGCAUGGUUGAGUGCGGGGAGCGGAGGUAAUUGAUGGUACCGCUGUGCAUGGCUUUUUGUGCACGAGGAGGCACGUGUAGAAAUACGAAGAGAGGAUAUGAAGGUGCCUUGUUGCAAACCAGCCGGGGUCUGCAGAUGAGCCUAGGCAUCAUUAUAUGCAACCAUGCAAUGUGCGAGCAGCGUGCAUCAAAGCCGGGGGACAAGGUUGCGAGCAGGAAAGGGACGACAUGCACUGCAACGGCCGAAGGCAGGCGCAUGGAUGAAGGGCAACAGCAAAUGGGUCACGUGCAAGAAUGUCACAAUCUGAGACGAAUGUGUAGGCUGGGUGUGGCUCGCGUUGCGAGUCGAAGGGGGUGCAAUCCGUGCAUGCUGGGUCGCCAGAAUUUGCAUUGUUUGUUGCGUGUAAGAAUGCGGGCUUGCAAGAGGGGACAGUCCGAAGUGUGCAAGGACGCCAGGACCACCAGAUGCUGCCAGUGUAAGAAGAAAGGUUCCAAUGUUUGCAGUGCAGGGUGGCGAGCGAGGGCGAAGGUGCAAGCAGCGCACGCGGAGCGAUUGGUCUCCCACCGUGGCUAACAGUGUUUUGCACGUGGCAAAAUGGCAGGAAUGCUCAUCUUGGUCGGCGGAGGUCAGAGACGGGAGACAUGGUUGGUCUUGUAUUGAGGGCGCACGUUCUAUGACAAAGGUUUGGCUCUGCGUCGCGCACUGGCAGUAAUGUUGACUUCUUCGGAGCGAAGUUUGAGCGUCGGAGAAGGCAGGUCCUCACGACGAACUAAGUGGGUUUGGCACGAAGUGCCGUACGAGGCUUGCCAGCCUCUUACUGCAAACGUAACAAACCGGCACACG